AAAGCAGUUAAGUUUACAACUGAGAGUAAGUGGCAAACUUCCACCAACAACUAUGGCUUCCUUGGCAAACGUCCCCUACAUUCUCGGACGCCCAAAUACUCAUCACAAACCCCACAACAACAUUAAUAACAACAACAACAACUUCAAAUCUCUCUGCCACCAUUUUCCAUUUCAUAGGAACAUCUGGUGGGUCUCUGCUACCACUGUCGCACCAAAACGAAAUUCUUCAACUAUCACCUGCUUUGCUGCUAAUAAGCCAUCCUCAUCCACUGAAAUCAGUUCUACCGCCAGGAUACGGAGUGAAGUUCUUACUCCCUUUCGGUCUGUUCGGAUGUUCUUUUAUCUUGCUUUCAUAGCAAGCGGUGCUCUUGGAGGAUUUAUAGCAACCACACAAUUGAUUGCUGCAUUAACAAAUUCAUCAAAAACAGCUGAUAUCCCUGAGAUGUUGAAAGGUCUUGGCAUAGACAUUGGAGCAGUAUCUCUUUUUGCAUUCCUUUAUUAUAGGGAGAACAAUGCUAAGAAUUUGCAAAUGGCUAGGCUCUCAAGAGAGGAAAGCCUUUCAAAUCUUAAGCUCCGUGUGGACCAAAAGAGGAUUAUCCCAGUCAGCUCUUUGAGAGGGAUUGCUCGGCUUGUAAUUUGUGCUGGCCCCGCAUCCUUCAUUUUGGAGUCUUUUAGACUAAGUGAACCUUUCACUGAAAGCCUUCUGGACAGAGGGGUGCUUGUAGUACCCUUUCCUACGGAUGGAAGUUUGCCUAGUUUGGAAAUUGAAGAAAAUGAAGAGACAAAGGAGAUUACCACCAAAAGAAAGAGACUCUGGCAACUGGCUCCUGUUUAUACUUCUGAGUGGUCCAAGUGGUUAGCUGAACAGAAGAAGCUGGCUGGUGUCCCCUCUGAGUCUCCAGUGUAUCUAUCACUAAGAUUGGAUGGUCGUGUUCGUGGAAGUGGUGUUGGUUACCCUCCUUGGAAUGCUUUUGUUGCACAAUUACCACCUGUAAAGGGAAUAUGGUCAGGCAUUCUGGAUGGCAUGGAUGGAAGAGUUCUUUGAAGAAUCUGUUUCCAUUUAUGAAGUUUGUUGAAUAGAUUCUGACAUGCUUCCACCAUUCAGGCAGAAGCUUUUGGAUGUAGGCAACGGUGCCAAUCAUGGUGAGGAGGCAUUGGCCAUUUCUUCAUUUAAUUUCUAUAUUUGGAUCCUCUGCCAAUUCUCUUGCUCUUCCACUGCAGAAUUUUCAAGUUUCUGCCUGCAACCUUAUGGUCAUACAAGGUUCGACCAUUUCAUUUUUUGUUUUAGAAAGGCUAUAUAAUGAAUCUGUCUUGGCAUUGCUUCUAUAAAGGUACAGGACAAUUUUGUUAUGCCUCAAUUUUAUCAUUCACUUUCCUUGUAUGUGGUUGAUCAUUGCAUGCAACUCCUACCAAAACUAUGUGCCAGGAUGGAUAUUAUAAUGGACAAAAAUAUUAGCUACUUUUAGGAUUAUGUGACCAGGAAGUUUUUUUUCUUCUUAGAUCAAUAUGAUUUUUGUGUCUUGGAACAUAAACAGCUUUUGUUGAGUCCAUACUACUCUUUAAAUGCAGUUGUAGUUCCUGUAUA